AUGAUUGUCGAUGAGAAGCUCGAUGAAAGGCUCGACGAAGGGCUCGAAGAAGAGCUCGAGGUACUAGUAAUUGUUGUACUUGUAGUCGUACUAGGAAUGUCCGUAGAGAAGAGGCUGCUCGAUGAUGAGGAGCUUGACGAAGAAGAGCUUGAUGAAGAAGAGCUUGAUGAAGAAGAGCUUGACGAAGAAGAGCUCGAUGAAGAUUCCGUAGAUAGAGAGCUGAAAGAUGUCGAACCGGACAACGUCGCUGAGCUCAGAGUGGCGCUGGAUGACGGGGACGGCGAUGAUGAUGAGCUCGACGAAGAGCUAAAGAAUGUCGAGGAAGACAUUGUCGUGGAUGCGGUGCCAGAAGACGGAGUCUGCACCUCAACGAUGCCCGACCUGGUGCCGCUGCCUAAGAUCGUCGUAGUUCUUGGCUCGGUCAAAGUAUCAGCUCCAGUGUACAACACAGUAGUCGUGGCGAGGGGUACAAAGCUCGUGGAUUCCUCUGACGUCGCAGCAGGAGUGGGUUCAAAGAUCUGCUCGGGCGUUGUCGAGAUUGUCUGUUCGAUCGACGUGGUAGUCGUAGUGUCGGUAAUUUGUGUUGUUGCGGCAGAGGGACUAAUAGUAGAGAUCGAGAUUGAGGAGCUUGGCGACGUCGUUUCCACGAUGGACGCAGAUGUGGUACCGGGAAUGUUCGGUCCUGCCUCGCUGCUGGAAGAUUGCGGGUCGAUAGCAGCGGUCGACAUCGUAGAUUCGACUUCAGGUGGGGAUGGGAUCUCCGCUACUGAUGACUCUGUCGCUGGUUCACUUGCAGGCGCAGAAGUCGCUGUGCCAUCAGCCAUUGGCGCGGAGGACACUGGAGCGGUAAUCUCCGUAGAGACACUCGCAGGCUGA